GGAUCAACACCAACAGUAACAAACAGCCAAAUUACCUUCAUUAUAAAAGGCUCUCAUUGGACAUCUUGGAUUGUGAAGGUAUGAAUCAAAAUGAUUUCAAAGGAUUAUUCACGUGUCAACAUUCAGUGAUACUUCAAGAAUAACUCCCAUUUCAAUGCAGUAGAAGUAAGCAGCAUUUUCUUCACUAAGAUGAGCUGAGAAUCUUUUACGAACUAAGAAUCUACUGAGCUACAAAGUCAAGUGAAAUUGUGGCAUUAAAACUAUACAUCAUUUCCAUCGCUGAAAAGAACUAAGAUUCUACUACAACUUAGAUCUUGUACACUACAACUUAUAAUGAUAAGGAAGUGAAGUGCAAAUUCAAAUUGUGAUUCAUCUAGCAAUGGCCACCCUUACAGGUAUCUUAGUAGAUGUGUCAGGCUCCAUGGAGCAGAGUAUUGGUGGGCGAGUUAAUGAAGAAGGUGGAAGCUGGGCUCGAUCUAUCUUCAAAGUUAUAGAUGGACUGAUAAAACAUGAUGUCUCUUCAUCUAAUCAUGUAUUUGGUCUAGGUUUCGGGGCAUCUUAUGAACCACAGGCAUUUGACUUGUUAAAUACCAUAAAGAGAGCCCAAUCAGCAUCUUCUGUUAACCAUCAGCUAAGAAGUCAGAGUAAAGAGAGAAUACUUGAUGAUAUAUUGUCCAUACUUGAAAAUAAUGGUGCACCAAGAGUAAGAAAAUGGGCCAAGAUGAAUGUGUUGAUGAGCGUUGUGAAAGAUAACGAAGCUAGUUUCAUAUUAGGGAAACUCACAGAUGGUUCAGACUUCAGAGAAAGAUUUGUGGACACAUGUUUGCCAGAUGAAUGCAAAGAAUUUAAACAUUCAUUUAAGUCUUAUGGCAAGGAAAGUUUUUUCUUCUUGGGUGGAUUUGUCCCUGGCACCCAGGAAUUUGCAACUAGGGAUGCCGUCCAGGAAGCAGUGGAUAAAGGAAUAAGACUUGCCCAUAGUUGUACUCUGGUUGAAAUCAGCUCGGCUGCUGUGAUGAAUGUACACGAUGCAUCAGAAAUACUACAUGGGUGCAUAGGUGAAGAGGAAGAACUCACUAAGCAACGUGUUGAUGAACUGAUGGACACUGUAAAGCCAUUUAUAUAUGGUGGUACUCCCCUGAUUAAAACAAUGAAAAAAUCUAUAUCUCUAUUCAACAAGCCUGAAUUCCAGCAACACCAUAAACUGCUCUUUAUUCUCUCUGAUGGGCAGCCUGGUGAUGGGAAUAAUCCCCCUCUGCGAGAGCUAUCCAAAUCUGGUGUGACGAUAAUAUGUUGUUAUAUCACCAGCCAAGCAAUUGAAGAUCCACGUCGUCUUUACAGUACUGCUUCUGAAUGCUGGGACAAACCUGCACACUUCAUGUUCAAAAUGAGUUCCACGAUCACAACACAGAUGAUACCACGUACAAUAUUUGUAAAGCAAGGAUGGAACAUUGAUAUAGAGAAUAAUGAAACACGUCUGUUCUUUCAAGUGAACCACCCUGAUAUCAUCGCAGAUGUAUGUGACCUAGCAAGAAAUGUUGUGUGUUGCCAGGAUUCAUUGUCUGAUAUCCUCGCUUCUGUCUCCCUUGACCUCUACAUCAACCAGGCCAACCAAGGAUUCGGGGCCAAACGGCAAAAGGGAGGAACCUGCUACGCCAAUGCCUCUGCAGCAGUAUUGCACCUUGCCAUGAAGCGAAUCAUAGGGCGUGAAGGUGGCUAUCCAAACUUCUUUGAUCUUCGUAAACAGAUGAUUGAGAAAUAUGGAGAGGAUGGUGCCAAUACAUUGCGUGUGUUAAAAGAGAUGUGUCCAGGAUAUCGACUUCACUGCGAAAAGAUGGAUCUCAUUGGUGCUCUGAAGGCUGUCACUGCAAAGCGCCAAGUGAUUGUCAGGUUCAGGCUCACAGACCCUGAAUGGGACUUAUUCUCAGAAUUCUAUAAGGAACACCCAGAUGGCAUCCUGACAAAAUCUGAUCUUGAUAUCACACAACGUCCAUAUGGGGCUGAAGUAGGUGGGCAUGCAGUCGUUCUCACCAGCUACAACAGUGAAUGUUUGCGACUGAUGAACUCCUGGGGCAGUGAUUGGGCUGAUGGGGGCUUCUUCAGAGUGCGUAAUGCUGACAUCCUUGGACUUGACUUUAUUGAUGUAUACUGGACCCUGAACGACUUAAAGCAAAGUGAGAUUGAUGCAUACGAGCGGCAGGGCCCUAGCAUAGCGUCACAGUUAGUGUCAUCACUGCAAGGUCUACAAACGGCAAUGUACAAAUGCCCUGUGUGCUCUGUUGAGUCAAAGGUUGUUGACUAUAAAGGAAAACUCUUGAGGGUCAAUUGUCCACGCUGCAACGGAUGGUUCAAUACAAAUGAAGCAGGAGAUGACCUUGCCUUGAACAUGUACUUGACCUCCCUCACUAAGUAGACAGUAACUCAUUCAAUUACUCCAAGAACAUUUCUCACGAUGAAGUAAAUAAUAUAUGCUUAAUACCAAGUAAAUAUUCAAUGCUUAGAACUGUUAAAAUAAAUACUUAUCAUGUAAAUAUUCGAAUGUUUAGUAUGAUCAAGUAAACUGAUACAAUGCCGAACUACUAAAGUCUGUUAACUGUUAAAAAUAAUAAGAACAUAACUUCGACAUAUGAGUGUUACCU